CGAUACCUAACUUUUCCUCCGCCUCUGAUCCCAGCACUCAGUCAGUCAGCAGCUCCUUGUUGGUGGAGAACAGGAAGGGCGUCAGAAUGAUGGAGGCAGAUAUAUUGAAGUUGAUCUGCUCCUGUCAAGGGGCGAUGGACACGCAAGAUCUCUUGUGUAAUCUCGGUUCCGUCGAUUUGACCAGUGUGUCGGAGAUCAUUUGUAACCAAGAGAAAUUUGUAACGUGUGUCCCGUACGGGCAGCCGAAGGUGGUGGCCCGCAGCAGACUGAGACUGUGCAGACUGAAAGACUGUCCGGGACAAUGCAGAGGACUACACCUGUGUAAAAACUUCCUGUUCAGCGGAUCCUGUCGCUACAGCCAGCAGAGAAGAGGGUGCAACUUCUCCCAUGAUCUGCACUCUGCCCACAAUGAGAGGAUACUGAGAGAGCAUGAGCUGGAGAGUCUGAACAGGACAGAGCUGUGCACACUGCUGAUGCAGAGCGACGACGGUCUCCUGCCUCCUAUAUGUUAUGAUUACAACAACGGUGACGGGGAGUUUGGCCGCUGUCAGGAAGGCAUUGUUUGCAAGCGGCUGCAUAUCUGUGAGCGGUACCUGAAUCGUGAGUGUAACUGCACCAGGAAUCAUGAUUUUAGUGCUCCGCAGACACUAAAAAACCUGCAGGGAAGAGGCGUGCCCGACAACCUCAUUUAUUCUAUCAAGUCAGCGUAUGCAAAUAAACUAGCUUUGAAGUACGCUGACAGAGGUGGCGAUAAGAGCAACUUUGAACAGCGAGGUGGUAACCGGGGCCACAGGGGCAACAGGGGCAACAGAGGCAACAGAGGCAACAGGGGAAAUAGGGGCAACAGAGGCAGCACAGGAAACCAAGGCAAUGGUCAGCCAAUGCAACGAGCUGCUUCUACAAGUGACAUCCUUGCAGGCAUUAAUGCCUUUUAUGUGCACGACGACAAUGCACUAAACUCCUCAAACAGCGACAUCUCCAGUGCCGCCAACGACCCCGAUGCAAGCAGCGAUGAUGGUCAUAAGCAAACAGGAAAUCCGCCUAAAACUUCAACAGCUGUCAGAGGGAGAGGAGGCAUCCAUGGCAACAGGGGAAACAGGGGCAACUAUCAACCGCUGGAUCGAACCCAUUCCACUAAUGACCUCUUUGCUGCUGUCAACGACGACGCAAACAGUGAAGAUGGGAGAAGAGAAAGGAAAAGGCCCGUCAGAGAUAAAACUGAAAUAUGCAUGUACUUCAUCAAAGGACACUGUAAACAUGAAGAUCGAUGCUAUAAACAUCAUGACAAGAUGCCGUACAGAUGGCAGAUCAGAGAAAAUGACGAAUGGACCGCUAUGCCGAGUAAUGAAAUGAUUGAGAAGGACUACUGUGACCCUAAAAACACAUACAGCAGCAGCAGCAGCCCAGCUGUGCAUUUCGACACGAUGACCUGUGGAACAAACAAAGUACGGCGACUCUCUACCAUUAACUCUUUGCUCGAGCCAGACUUCAUCCAUACCACUGAGUGGGCCUGGUACUGGGAGGAUGAGUUCGGAAAGUGGACUAUGUACGCUUCAAUGGAUGGUGGGCACAAACAAGCAGACAUGGACAGCUCUAAACUGGAACAGAUGUUUAUGGCCAAUAACAAAGAUGAAGUGGAAUUCACUGCCGGCUCACAGUCGUAUUCGCUAAGUUUCCAGGACAUGAUACAGACAAACAAACGUUAUGGCACUAAGAGGGUUGUGAGGAGACGGCCCCGGUUUUUCUCCGCUGAGGAUGUCCAAGCAAGGAGAGUGAGGCCUCGGGCAAAUUUGGCUGCUGUACCAGACCACUGGGACAAGACCCAGGUCACCCAAACAGGAUACAAGCGAGUCCCCCUCCUGCGCACCACAGAUGAAUUUAAGGAGAUUGAAGCUCUUUUCUGUAAAACCAUGAAAGGCUUUGACAUCAUCAAAAUUGAAAGGAUUCAGAACAAAGCUCUUUGGGAAGUCUUUCAGUGGCAGAAAACUCAGAUGAGGACCAAGAACAGUGGGCGCAUGGUGACAGAGAAAAAGCUGUUUCAUGGCACUGACUCUAAGUAUGUGGAUGUCAUCUGCCACACCAACUUUGACUGGAGAAUCUGCGGAACUCAUGGAACUGCUUACGGCAAAGGUAGUUACUUUGCUCGGGAUGCCAAAUACUCUCACAACUACACCGGUGACUCUGAUGUCAGAUCCAUGUUCAUCUCACGGAUCUUGGUGGGAAACUACACCAAAGGGUCCUCCAGCUACGUCCGGCCUCCUUCCAAGGACGGCGGAGACAUCAACUUUUUCGACAGCUGCGUAGACGACGUUAUGGACCCUUCCAUCUAUGUUGUGUUUGAGAAGUUACAGAUCUACCCCGAGUACCUGCUUGAGUACAAGACCACGCACCUAUUCGAUGGUCUAUUUGGUGUUGCCUCAGUACCGGCGCCAAAACCAGUGCCGGCACCCAAACCAGUAACAGUGCCCAAACCAGCUCCAUACAGCACAUCCUCAUACCAACCCAGCACAUCCUCAUACCAACCCAGCACAUCCUCAUACAGACCCAGCACAUCCUCAUACCAGCCCAGCACAUCCUCAUACCAGCCCAGCACAUCCUCGUACCAAUCCAACACAAGCUCUGUCAAUUUCUCAUCCAGCAGUACAUCUACCAAAUCCACACCAUAUUCUUCAUCUUCUUCAUCAAAGGGCGACUCUUGUGUGAUUGCUUAGGCACAAAGGUGCAGUGAGGGCAGGUCAGGGUUUUUCUUUGGGAAUGGUUAAUGACGAUUUGAAGGAGCUCAUGCGUAAUGCUUUGAGUAAAUGAAGCGAUUAACGAGAUGAAUAAAUAUUAUGACCAACUUUAAUGAGGAGUACAGUGGCUUCUAUGCAGUUUCAUACACUUGCCAAGCUUUUCAUCCAAAUUUAGCGCCAAUUCUUUGCAAAGUAAACAUUUGGCGAUGAUUCUCGCCAGGCACCGUUAGGCCAUCACAGAAGCAGAGAGCGCCUGUUAAACUUUAAAUGAACAGAAACCACUUGGAAAAAACAGGAUGGAAAUAUGACUUUUCACGUUUUGAUUUGAGGAAGAUCGCAGUCUCCUCAUCGCUCCGGAGAUCUGAAGUUUUCGAGUCACAUAUUUCAUGUACAGUACGAUUUAUUCCGUGAAGCCUUUUCCAUUGCAGUUUGCCAUAUUGUACCUAUUCAAUACACUGACACAAAUAAUUACUAUAACUACAAUCAUUUCCGUUUCCAAAAAUCCCCCCCAAAAAAAGGUUUUAAAAUGAACAGCUUUAUUUACAAACUGUAAAUUAGUUUUUAAAAUGUGUGUGUGUGUGAGUUGAUUUUGUUUCACACAAUGUUUAGGAUGUGGUUAUUGAUUUUUAUAAGCACCACUUACAUUGUUCUCAGUGUGUCAUUUGCUCAACAUUGCAUUUCCACUUCAACUAAAAAUAACGCACUUUCCUAACUGUUGUACUAUUUGCAAACACUAUUAUUUUGAACAUUAAAAAUAAAAGUAAUAUUCAUGUUGACCGUA